AUGCGCGUCGCGACGAGUGGUAGUACCACCACCAUUGCAUCCUCUCUUCGUCCUCCUCGGCGUCUGCACCGUCUGCGCUCGGCGUCGCGAUCGAAAUCAUCGUCGUCGUCGUCCGUUUCUUUCGCGUCGAGAAGCGCGCGAAAGGUGUUUCCCGAGGAAGAAGAGGACGAGGACGAGGACGACCAACGACCGAGCACGAGUUUUUCACCGUCCUCGUCAUCGUCUGAAUCGUCGUCUUCUGAUAAUACGAAUACGAAUGCGAAUGAUUCUUCGCGGGGAGGAACCCGGCGACGGAUGGUUUUGGGUGGAAGUUCCCUGGCGGCGUUCGCGAUGAUGACGACGAUCGAUAACGGCGCAUCUUUCGCCACGGAGGAGGAAGAGGAAAAAGUACGAGUCGAAGAAGCAAUUCCGAAACAAAAACGAAGAGAUAUCCCGCUCGAAAAAGUCGCUCGAGAAACGUUCGCGUUUACCUUUUUUUACCCCACGGAGACGCUCUCGGGGAAACCAAUCCCGUGGUCGGAGUCUCGAACGCGCGAGACGUAUUCGAGCUCCGAGCCGAUGUCACCAGACGCGAGGCAAAGAAUCGUGCACGAGUUGAUUUCGUUCAAAGGGCCACUGACGACGGUGGUGACGGUCGGGGAGUUACCGCCGAAGUUGAUGAAUAAGCCGGAGAAGGAGUGGACGGCGAAGAACGUGGCGAAUGCGAUUUUGGCGGAUAAAGCGACGGGGAGAGUCGCGAGCGGACAGAAGAUUUCGUUAGCGGAGGUGGAUAACGCGGUGAAGGAAGAGAAGGAAGACGGGACGACGUAUUAUUACUACGAGUAUAUUUCGCAAGGCUCGCCAAACUCGAAAGAAGGUGAAGCGACGACGUAUCGUCACGCGAGAGGCGUGACCGCGGUCAGAGACGGGUUCGCGUAUACGGUGAGUAUGAGCACGCCCGAGCGAUUUUGGGACGAAAUGGACGAGGGGUUCAACCAAUCUAUUCGCGCGUUCUCCUUAGACGCGCCUGGGAAGAAGUACAGAAAACCCGGAGACGAAGGAUUGGACAUUCUCCACGUGUUUGAUUAA